AUGGGGAAGAAGACGAAGAGCGUGAACAACAAGCAGAAGACCGGGAUCGACUUCAUCCGCGCGAAGAAGAAAGUCGGGAGGACGAUCAAGAAGCAGGCGAACGAGACGGACACGUCGAUCCGCGCGAAGCGCAUCAACCUCCCGGGGCAAUCCAUCGCGGCGGAGUUCUCCAAGGGCGACGCGGUCACGACCCGCGGCCUCUCCAUGCCCGAGCUCUUGAACCAGACGCACCACUACAGCGGCAGGGUGCGCAAGGACGCCCUCGACGGCGUCAGAGAGCUCCUCGUCGCGCAUCCGCGCUGCGCGCACGCCGCCGCCGCGGUCGUCGUCGAGCGCGUGGCGGAGAAACUCGUCGACGUCGAGCACGCCGUCCGCGUCGCCGCGAGAGGCGCGCUGAAGCUCGGCGUCCUCCCCGCGCUCGGCGCGCGCGGCCUGGUCCCCUUCGCGCGACGCCUCGUCCUCCACGUCGGCGCGGCCUUGACGCACGUGUCGCCCGCGGUGCGAAAGGACGCGCCCGCGGUCCUCGACGCGCUGGUGGAAGCGGCGCCGAAACUCGUCGGGCGGCACGCGGCAUCCGCGACGACGCGGCACCUCGCGGAGUUGCUGCGGCGCGGCGACGACGCGGCGUCGUCGUCGCUCGUCAGCGGCGGAACCGGAACCGGGGGGGAUACCGGCGGCGGCAUGAGCGGCGGAAGACGGAACGUCAACCGUCGCGGCGAGAUCGCGUCGCGGUUGCGCGCGGCGGGCAUGUCCGGGGCGUUCGGCGACGCGACGGCGUCGAGGAUCGGCGCGCAGGCGCGUUCUACACACUGGUCCCCAUACGACCGCGUCGGCGUGACGCCGGCGGGCCGCGCCGCGCUGCUGUCGUCGUGCCGGCGGUUCCUCGAGGUGCUCGCGGGGGGGAACGCGGCGUCGAUGGACGGCGACGGGGGUGGGGGGAGAGUCGCCGGCGUCGAGGCGUCCACGUGGCGAUGGGACGGCGACGACGGCGACGACGGCGACGGCGGAGACGGCGGCGACGCGAACGGAAACGCAAACGGAAAACGUCUCCGCGACGCGAGCGGCGCGGCGCGGAGACCGCUGCACGCGCAUCGCGCGGCGCCGCCGCCGAUUUCCGCGGCCGCGGCCGCGACCGACGCGUUCUACGGCGACGCCGCGUCGACGUCGGGACGAAUCGCCAGAGAGAACGACGCCGAGGGCGUCGCGCGUGCCGCCGCGGAGCUCGCCGCGUUGGUCUUCUCCGCGUGGGACGAAGCCGCGCCGACGCUGUCUGACAUCAACGGCGUCAACCUGACGCAGAUCAAGGUCAUCACCGAGGCCGCGGCGUGUUUACAGCUGUGCAUUCGGCUCGUGGACGACGCGAACGACGCCGCGACGGGCGGCGGCGGCGGCGCGGGCGGCGGCGGCGGCGCGGCGGCGGCGGCGGCGGCGAGGCCGUUGGCCGCGCGGAUGCUGCGCGCGUUUCCCGCGACGGCGCCGUCCGCCGCCGGCGGCGGCGCCGAACGCCGCGCGCUCGUGACGUACAACGUCGCGACGUGCCGGUUGUUAUCGCACUGCGCGGACGCCGCCGUGGCCGCGGCGGUCGCGGAGGCGAACGAGGCGAGCAGACCCGGCGGAUGCGGGAUUGAGAGGUUCGCGUACGCGGACGCGGAUGUCGUCGACGCGACGUCCGCCGCGGUGUCCUCGUACCUCGCCGCCGCGCUCAGGGGGACCGCGUUAGACGCGGGACCGUGCGGGGAGGCGGAGGCGACGACGGAGGGGGAUUACGUCGAGCUGUUGAGAGUCGCGCGCGGGGCGUUGACGCGGGCGACGCUGACCGCGGAGAAGGACGAGAGCGAAAGCGAAAGCGACGACGACGACGACGACGACGACGAAGACGCGGGGGUAAACGCGACGCGCGCGCGCACGGACCUCAUCGACGCCGUGACGACGGUCUGGUCCGACGCCGUCGCGAGCGGGUCGCACGAGCGCCGCGCGUCGUGCGUCGCGCUGUUAGCCGCGGUCCUGCCGACCGCCGCGGGCGCGGGCGCGGGCGCGGUAGCGGGCGCGGGAGGGUCGAGAAGACGCUUCGCGGCGACGGCGCCGCCGCCGCCGUCAGCCGCCGCCGCGUGGAUCCGACCGUUCGCGCGGCUGCUCUGGGAGCUGAAGCACAAGGACGCGAACACGACGCUCAGGGCGCUCCGCGCGCUGCGCGCGACCGCCGCGCGCGUCGGCGCGGAGAGCGACGCGCCGACGAAGGACGCGCUCGUCGCCGUGGAGGCUGAGCUCGCGCCGUUUUUCGCGCGCGCGCCGCCGCCGCCGGCGGAUGCGAACGCGCCGCGGGUAACGCCCAAGCACGGUCCGUUUUCAAAACUCCCGACGGAGUGCCAGGUCGCGUCCAUCGCGCUCCUCGGGGUGCUCCCGUCGCUGUCGCCGUCGACGCUGCGCGCGGUCGCGCACGCGGUGCUCUCCGACGCCGACGCGUCGCUCCCGGCGCGCGCGAUCGAAGCCGUCGCGUGUAACCUCCGCGCCGCCCCGCUCGCGCUGUCCGUGUCCUUCUUCGGCACGCUCGCCGUCGGCGCGCGGUCGUGGGGCACCGUCGGUGUCGCGGCGAACGCCGCGGGGAACGCGCUCGUGAGCUUAGCCGGCGACGCGAAGUCGCCGUGGACCGGGGCGGAGCUCGCGUGGCCGGUGAUGAACGCCGCGCGGACGCGCGCGAGGCGCGACGGCGACGACGCGGGCGCGCGGCGCGCGGCGUACGGCGCGCUGGUCGUCGCCGCGGUCGCCGCGGAGGCGCCGUGCGGCGCGGACGCGAGCUGCGGGAAGCUCGAGGACGCGAUCCCGGAGCUCGUCGCGGAGACGACGCGCGUCGGCGGCGUCGCCGUCGCGAUGUCCGCGCGCGCGUCGUUCGCGGCGGCGGCGGCGGCGGCGGCGGCGGGCGACGGCGGCGUCGACGGCGCCCUCGCGCGCGCGGGCGCGUGCGCGCGGCUCCUCCUCGCGGUCCCGCGCUGGCUCGCGCCGACGCUCGCGCGCCUCGCGUCCAUCGCGACGGACGCGGACGCGGACGCGGACGCGGACGGCGGCGUGGAUCGCGUCGAGGGCGUCGCCGGCGCGGUGGGCGCGUUGUGCGCCGCGUCGCCGGCGGAACGGUUUUCCUCCUCCUCCGAAUCCGGACGCGCGAACGCCGCCGCCGCGCGCGAGGCGGCGGACGCGGCGUCGAGAGCCGCGGACGCGUUGGUGCGCGCGAACGCGGCGGGCGCGGCGAACGCGGCGAAAGCGGCGAGGGUGGCGCGCAUAGGGGUGGACGCCGUCGUCCUCGCCGCCGAGGGAACGACGGGUUGA